GAUUGGCACGAAAAGAAACCCAUUGGAUAAGUCCGAAGCAGCCCAAUUCCACAGCCUCCCCUUACGAAUCCCAUUUUCUUCGCUACCCAUUUCAGUUUCUUACUUUACUUUCUCUUCUCUCUGCUUCAUCUUCAUCUUCAUCAUCAUCAUCAUCAUCAUUCAUGCGUUUCUCUUCCAACUUCCCGGUUUGUUUACUUUAUUUUACAUUCUUUCCAUUUUUUCCGCUGAAUUCGCCCUAAUGUAACUUCAAUUUUCCGCAUGCAACUCCUAGUGCUCAGUUUCUUCCACAAAAGCUAAAUUUUCUGUUAAAUAUUCAAUCUUUAUUAUCUACUAGCUAAUGGUUUUGAAUAAUUGUGUGUAAUUUAGUAGAAUUGGGUAGGGUAGGGUAGGGUAGGGUAGGGUUGGGGGUUGAAGAUGUCGUUUAGGAAUAUGAUUCUGGAUAGGAAGGGAUUUGAGGUGAAAUUUGGGUAUGGUAUGAGAUCAAGGUCACAGUCACACUGUGAUGUUAAUGUUACCGAUAGUUCUUUGGUGGUUGAUGGUUUGAAGCAGAGUUGUUGGGCUAAUAUGCCUCCUGAGCUUUUGAGAGAUGUGCUUUUGAGAAUUGAAGCAUCAGAGGAUACUUGGCCUGCUCGGAAACAUGUUGUUGCGUGUGCCGGUGUUUGCCGGAGUUGGAGAGAAAUUAUGAAGGAAAUUGUUAAACCUCCUCAAACAUCAUGCAAGUUGACAUUCCCUAUCUCAUUGAAGCAGCCUGGUCCAAGGGAUUCUCUCAUUCAGUGCUAUAUCAAACGAAAUCGGAGUAACCAAACAUAUUAUCUUUUUCUCAGUUUGAACCAAGCCUCAACUGAUGACGGCAAGUUCCUUCUUGCUGCACGCAAGUGCCGACGUGCAACCCACACUGACUACAUCAUUUCUUUGAACUACGAUGAUGUAUCGAGAGGGAGUAGCACCUAUAUUGGGAAGUUGAGAUCAAAUUUUCUGGGCACCAAGUUUACAGUGUAUGAUGCACACCCUCCAAUUUUUGGAGCUAAAGUUGCAAAGUCUCGUACCACCAGACUAGUUAGUCUCAAGCAAGUGUCUCCAAGAGUUCCUGCUCUCAACUAUCCCAUUGUGCAUGUCUCAUACGAUUUGAAUGUUUUGGGCUCUAGGGGUCCUCGAAUAAUGCAAUGCGUUAUGGAUUCCAUCCCUGCCUCAGCUGUUGAACCUGGAGGCGUGGCCCCAACACAGACUCGAUUUCUUCAUAGCAGAAUUGAUACUUCUCCGUCUAUCCCAUUCUUCAGAUCAAAAUCAACCCGCACAGAGAAUCUCCAACCAGUUCCUUCGAGUCCUAGUCAAAACGACGGAAUGCUGGUGUUAAGAAACAAGGCUCCUAGGUGGCAUGAACAACUCCAAUGCUGGUGUUUGAACUUCAAUGGACGUGUGACAGUUGCUUCAGUUAAAAAUUUCCAGCUGGUUGCUUCUCCUAAAAACGGAGUUUCUGAGCAGGCUCAGGAAAAUGUUAUUCUGCAGUUUGGAAAAGUUGGAAAGGAUGUAUUCACCAUGGAUUACCAGUAUCCAAUCUCUGCCUUUGAAGCAUUUGCAAUAUGCCUUAGCAGCUUUGACACCAAGAUUGCUUGUGAAUGAUUGCUGGAAUCAAUAGACAGGUGUUAGCUGGUUGGAAUUGCGCACAUAGUAUUGCAGGUCUGAUAUAGACAAUGUAUUCUGUAUUUGUAUAUAUGGUUGUUGUUACUUCUAUGUGUGUGCAUUAUUAUAUUUAACAAACAUGGAAUUUAUGUUGUAUUUUUUGUGUGUUAGUUUGUAAACCAACUCUUGUUUCGGCCAUGAGCUUGUAGUCGACGACCUUUAGAAUGCAAUUGGUUUGUGUGCUUUUCAGUCA